GCCGCCCGGCAUAAAAACCUCUGCAGCAGCAUUUCUCAGAUCAUUUGCCACUGAAAUUUCGAACUCUACGCUAAAGAUACACCACCUUCCCAGUGAAUUUCAUUGGAGACACUUCUGCAGAAGACAAGCAACGCAUAAAGACUAAUCCAAACACAAACAACCCUUCAAACUCAAAUGGCGUCCAAGGAAAACAUUGCGGACAACAUGGAGAAGUUCUCGCUCAAGAGCCCCAGCAAGAAAAUUCUGACGGAGAGCGCCAGCAACGUUCGCAAAAUGUCCAUUGGCCACGAGUCAAAUGGCCAGGUGUCCAAGGAGUCCUCCAUGGAGAACGGAGUCGGAAAGUCGGCCAAUUCCAUGAUCGAGAAGUCUGUGACUCCCUUCGAUCCCUCGCUGGAACCCCUGCUGCGGGAAAAUCCCCGACGCUUUGUCAUCUUUCCCAUCCAGUACCACGACAUCUGGCAGAUGUACAAAAAGGCUGAGGCCUCUUUCUGGACCGUAGAGGAGGUGGAUCUGUCCAAGGACCUGACCGACUGGCACCGCCUCAAGGACGACGAGCGUCACUUCAUCUCGCACGUGCUGGCCUUCUUUGCCGCCUCCGAUGGCAUCGUCAAUGAGAACCUGGUGGAGCGGUUCAGCCAGGAGGUGCAGAUCACGGAGGCCCGCUGCUUCUACGGCUUCCAGAUCGCCAUGGAGAACGUGCACUCGGAGAUGUACAGCGUGCUGAUCGACACUUACAUCCGGGAUCCGCACCAGCGGGAGUACCUGUUCAACGCCAUCGAGACGAUGCCGGCGGUGAAGCGCAAGGCUGACUGGGCUCUGUCCUGGAUCUCCUCCAAGUCGGCCAAUUUCGGGGAGCGCAUCAUCGCAUUUGCCGCCGUGGAGGGCAUCUUCUUCAGCGGCAGCUUCGCCUCCAUUUUCUGGCUGAAGAAGCGCGGUCUGAUGCCGGGACUGACCUUCUCCAACGAGCUGAUCUCCCGCGACGAGGGAUUGCACUGUGACUUCGCCGUGCUGAUGUUCCAGCACCUGGUGCAGCGACCCAGACGCGAGCGCAUCAUCGAGAUCAUCCGCGAUGCGGUGCUCAUUGAGCAGGAGUUCCUCACAGACGCCCUGCCUGUGAACCUCAUCGGCAUGAACUGUGACCUGAUGUCCCAGUACAUUGAGUUUGUGGCGGAUCGCUUGCUGGUGGAGUUGGGCGUUGGCAAGAUCUACAACACCAAGAACCCGUUCAACUUCAUGGAGAUGAUCUCGCUGGACGGCAAGACCAAUUUCUUCGAGAAGAAGGUGGGCGAGUACCAGCGCAUGGGCGUGGCCACCAACCGGCUGGACAACGUGUUCACCCUGGACGCCGAUUUCUAGGGCUGGACCCAGGACAUCAUUGUCACAAUCUUCAAUCGCUUAAGGGCUGGCUUCUCACACAUCUUUUAUAUUUUAAUCUGACGGAGUUUAUGUGUAGUCCGUUUUAAUUUUACCUAGGCUAAGAACAAUCACUGACUUUUCAGCUCAUUCAAAAUCAUUUAUCGAACCUUAACAAAAAGCGCUCAAAUCCUGGAAUUUUUGACACACUUUUGACUAGGAGCGUACUUUUCUUCGAAUUCAUUGUACAUACAUACAUCAUCUUAAAUAAAAUUUAUAUCUAGACAAUUAUUAAGCACUACCAAGAA